AUGACGGAAGCGGAGAGUGGUGACAACUCGAAUGGCGGCACUCGUAGCAGUGGCCAGGAGUCUAUCGAGCAGGUCAUAGAGAUCGCGCAACAGUGGCAGAACGAGGACGGACAGUUCCACAUCACGGCGGAACAAAUGCGUACGUUCGUAGAGCAGGCCAGGAGUCUCAUGGUGACAGAAGCGUCGAGUGCCGGUCAGGGCGUAAGCUCAAAGGCCACGGCGGACGCGGACAACACCAAGAAUGGCCAAGGAGACGAACGGGACGACCAGCUGUCAUGGAACUCGUCGGCACGUUGGAGCAAAGUAGGCGACACAGCUGCCGCCAGUCCAGCUCCACGAGGGGAACGAGAUCCUUGGCAGUCAGACGGACAAGAUCCGUGGAGCCAGGCUUCACGCAGCUGGACAGACAAGUACGCCAGCUGGAAGGAUCACUCCAACGGUUGGCAGGACAGGUUCGACAGCUGGAGAGACACGUCGAACGAAUGGCAGUCGAACUACUGGCAGAGCCGCGACUGGAACGGCAGCAAGUGGGGCGAGGCGUCGGGGACCGAGAAGUGGAAGACCGACGAGAGGCGCGGGAGGGACUUCGCCGAUCCUGAGGCGUGGCCCGGCUGGUCAGAGUUCAAGCUAUGGCGGCGGAAGGUGAUGCGAUGGCGGCAGACGACAGAUGUGGAUACACACAAGCACGCGGACCGCAUCAUGAAGCUGCUGCCGAUCGACUUGCAGCGGAAGCUGGAAGACAUCACCGACGAGGAUCUGAUAUCAGACAACGGAGCAGACAAGGUCAUAGCCAGGCUGGAUCUGCUCUCGGGAGAACGAGUCGGAGACGAGAAGCGUAAAGCAGGACGUGAAUGCUUGUUUUCGUUUCAACGCAAGCAAGGAGAAGGACUCACUGAGUACGCAGCAAGGUUGGACCUGGCUUUCGACAAGGUCGGUACCCUCGGGCUUCCUCUACCAGAUGAUUGGAAAUAUAUGUUCUUGGAAGAGGGAGCUGGACUGGGCGAGAGAGGUACUCAGUUGAUGAAGAUUCAGAUGAAGACAAAGGAUUCCUACAAAGAAGCCUUGGCAGCCAUCCGAGAGAUGGACGUGGCCAGGCGGGAACAUCUUAGCAUUCACCGAUCUCGAGCCUACCACGUCGAGCAGUCGGAGGACACGGACUCUCUACUCGACUGGGACGACGUAUCCUCUUUGGACACUGAGGGUGAGGCAGAGAUAUAUGUAGCGCUGGACAAGAUGGACCUGUACGACGAUGAGCUCAAGUACGCGUUCAACACCAUGCAAGAGGACAGGCGCAAGACAUGGAAGCAGAACCGCGACUUGAAGAGGAAGCUCAAAGUGGACCGUAAGUUCUUCGACCGCUCGAAAGAGAACGACAUCAAGAGCGGCGACAAGAGCAAGUUCAACAGGGGACAUCGCUCGGCGAAAGGAGAGCAUCGACCCAGACGCAAUCGACUACCUCUCGCGGAGCUGAUCAAGAGGACCAAGUGCAGGUCUUGCGGCAAGAAGGGCCACUGGUCACGCGAAUGUCCAGACCGGAACGGCCAGAGCCACAGCGCCAGUGCAACCGGAGGAGGGACGGCGUCUUUCGUCACCGGCUACGUGCACGCAAACGUGGUCGACCCCAACGCCCCGGAGGACGUGUCCAGCGGCCAGGAGCGACAGCAGCAGGACGAGCUGGUGCUUCUCACCGUCCCGCCCGGGGAGGCGGUGGUGGACACCGCGGCAGGAGUCAAGGUAGGCAUGAAUCGUCUGCCCAGUGGGCACCGCACCAUCAGGAUUGAUGACUUUCAAGCCUCGGGCGCCGAUUUCAAGUGCCCAGAGGCGGUCUUUCAGCGGCAUCCUUCGCUGAAAGAGAGUGAUUUUCACUGCGACUGUGGCCGCUCAGGCAGCUCGGGAAAGUACGCACCCUUCUACCUCACCUCCAGCGGCGACCAGGGAGCUCAGCUUCGCGAGAGGCGCCCGGCCACCAUGGCCGAGCAGGUGGCCGGCACCGACACGACUUGGACAUACGCUGUGACGGGCACGACAGUACCGGACCACCUCAACAAGGCUCAGCGCAGCUGGGCAUGCAUGGUCGGCAGCACCAUGUUCUGGCUCAACAAGCUCGCCGACGAGUUUGGGCGCAUGAUGGUGACGCGCAGAUUCUGGCCCACCAACCUGCCGAAGUCGCUGAAGGUCGUGCCCCAGGCCUACUAUACUUGUUGGCAUCCCCCGAUCAGCGUCGACUACGGCUGCAAUGGAUAUGGUGCCUGGUGGGUCUGCUCGGACUGUACCAUGCGAGUUGGAUACCUCGACAAGAAGCCAGACAAGACGAAGAAGGAGCCAGACGUGACAUGUCUGUGCAAGCGCAGGACUGCGGCGUGCUCGCUCUGUGGGCGGGGUUUCGCUCAACAGAAGGGCGCAGACCCAGAAUGGCGGGCUCUAGUGGCCGCUCCAGCGCCGCCGCCCGGCAAUCGCGGGGUCACGCCCGCUGGAGUGCCACCGCCUUGGCCAGCCCAGGCCGAGUCGGGAGCCGCUCAGCACUACACCCGAGCGAGCGAGGCCGACCGGGCGGACUGGGUGAUGAGCGAGGCGGAGGGCGACCUGCGUCGCAAGAAGCAGCUCCAACGACAGGAGGUCGCAGCGGCGGCGGCAGCGUCAGGGCCAGCUACUCCUCGGGAGCCGCGCAGUCGGAAGCCAGAGAACGGCGAGGAUCUCUCAGAGGUGAUGCAGAUGUUGAGGGACAUGAGCGCCAAGCAGGAGGCACAGCAGAACGCGAUCAGCCAGCUGACGAAGGUGACAUCCGGCCAGGUGCACGCGAUGGCGCUGCUCCAGUCCCAGAUGCAGGCCCAGAGCCCGGUCAAGGAGCAGUCCUCGAUCAAGGAGCAGCAGUCAAAGUCACCGGGACAAUCGUCGCAGCAGCCAGGAUCGAAGCAGGAGAUGCAGCCAGGACACCAGACGUCGAUAGCUACGACCCCACAUCUUGCAACGCAGCAGGUUCCACCAGAGGCGUCCUUCCAGAUGAUCACGACCGCGCCGUUGGUUGCCGCCUACCCGAACUACGCGGCAGCACCACCCUUGCAGGAGCCGCAUGGACAGGCGAAAGGUCACGGCAAGGGCCCGGACAACCCGACGGGCCUGAUGGACCAGAGGGGCAACCUGUUGUCUUCUACCACGAUCAGCAGUAUCGAUCUCCCAGGAUCGGCCUUGCCUUCACAACAGUUGGCAGCGGCAGCUCCGCAGAAGCGACCUUCUCACCUUUCGAGGCCCUCUGCCGAGCAAGGAGAUCCCUGGAAGGAGUCGCCCGAGGAGAAGCAGGCGCGGGACCAGCGCCGGAAGGACGCGGAGGAGGCGGCCAAGCGCGACAAGGACCGUCUGGCGCGGGAUGGCUGGACGGCAGCGGGGUGGAAGUCGUGGGACGGCUGGAACAGCGGCGACCAGAGGUGGGACAAGGGCGGCCAGAAGCGGUAG